AUGAUACGAACAUUCAAUUUAAUAAAUACAAAUAAUAAGAAAUCUAAAGAUGUUGAUUUUAUGUUAUCAUCAAUAUUUUCAAAGAAGAUAUCAUCAUUUGAAAAUUCAAAUGAAGCAUUACAAUCGUAUCAUUAUAGUUCAAUUGUAAUUGAUAAUUAUCAAAUAAGUCGAAAUGUUCAUUAUAUAAAACAUUAUAAAACAAAUCGAACUAAUGAUCAUAUAACAUCACUUAAGCGGCGACAACAGUUAAGAUAUAAUCAAAAUCAACCAACAACUUUUCAAGAAACUAAUGUCCAUGUACCUUCAUCUAUCAAUCUAUUAUUAAUAUCAUAUCCACAACAACCUGUGUCAUCAUGUCCUUAUCGAAUGAAAAAGACGAAAUGUAUAGUUCCGUUAUCACCAUUAAUUAAUAAUAAGAGAGCAGUACGCACUCGUGUACAUGGACAUUAG